UGUUUUUCUUCCGGGUCACGUUUACUUCAGGGCAAAAUUUCUCCUCGCAAGAUGGCAGCAGCUAUGGAUGUUGAUACGCCGACCGGCACUAACAGUGGGGCUAGCAAGAAGCGAUUUGAAGUAAAAAAGUGGAAUGCAGUUGCGCUGUGGGCCUGGGACAUUGUGGUGGAUAACUGUGCCAUCUGUAGGAACCACAUCAUGGAUCUCUGUAUAGAGUGCCAGGCCAACCAAGCUUCAGCAACUUCUGAGGAGUGCACUGUAGCCUGGGGUGUCUGCAAUCAUGCUUUCCAUUUCCACUGUAUUUCCCGCUGGCUGAAAACCAGACAGGUGUGCCCUCUGGACAACAGGGAGUGGGAGUUUCAGAAAUACGGACACUAGCUGUAUUAAUGCUGACCUUUUCUUGGCUUCUACGAGCAUCACCCAUACUGCUUCCCCACCCCCCCCCCCGCCAGGCUAAUAAGCCUAGUUGUUAUUUUACGCAAAUGUCUUUGUUUUGGUAUGUUGUAAGUUCAUAAAUAAACAUUCAUGUUGUCACAAAGAA